AUGGCGAUGCUCAGCUCCGAAGUCACCACUCAGGUCGCCGUCGUCCUUCUCCCUCUACUUGUCAUUUACUGGCUGCUCUACCCGUGGUACUUCUCGCCCCUACGAAAGGUUCCAGGUCCCUGGUGGGCAGGCUACACCAAAUGGUGGCUCGUAUACAAGACCUGGGCCGGAGUGCGUGCAAAGACCAUCCAUGAGCUCCACCUGAAGUACGGACCAUGGGUGCGAGUCUCCCCCAACGAGAUCUCGACCUCGGACAGCAAGGCCAUCACCGCCAUCUACGGCGUCAACUCGGAGUUCACCAAGACCGAGUUCUAUCAGUACCAGCUGCGCGGCAUGACUGACGCCAAACCUGAGCUCUUCACCAUGGCCGACCGGAAAGCACACGCCAAGCGACGCCGCGAGCUGGCCCAUCUAUUCUCAAUGUCCACCAUCACUGAAUACGAGGACAUUAUCCAGAGAAACGUCCGCGAAUGUCUGGACCUCAUUUCCGCAGAAGGCAAGGAAGGCAAAGCCAGCAACCUCUACGACUGGUGGCACUACCUGUCCAUGGACAUUACAUGCGAGCUUUGCUUUGGCAUGGGCUUCGACAUGCUCCACAAGGGCGCCGUCAACCCCUAUAUCAAAGACAUGUACGGGUCGCUGACCAUCGAGCCCGUUCGAUGGCACUUUGGCUGGCUCAACAAAUACGCCAGCUACGCGCCAUUCAAGUUCAUCCGCGACGCCGAAGCCUGCAGCGUGCGCGGCUACCAGCGCGGCACGAAGAUGGUGCACGAAUACAAGCUGAAGGAGAACAAAGGCCGCGACAAAGACCUCCUCCAAAAGAUGAUCAACGCGCGGGACGAAAACGGCCAGCCCCUCCCCGACGAGGACCUCAACGUGCAAUCGACAAGCUUCAUCUUGGCCGGAUCCCACACCACCUCGUCGUCCCUGACGUGGAUCGUGUGGCGCAUCCUCAAGAACCCGGACAUCCACCGCAAAUUGAACGAGGAGCUCGACGCCGCGUUGGGCACCCACGACCGCAAAGCUGUCCCUCCACAUGCCAAACUCGACAACCUGACCUACCUGAAUUGUAUCAUAAAGGAGGGUCUACGCAUCGACACCUCCGUCCCCGGCUCGACGCCCCGCUACGUGCCCCCAGAAGGGGCCGUCAUGGGCGACUACAUUCUCCCACGCGGCACCAUCGUCUCCGUCCAGGCGUACACCACGCACCGCGACCCGGACGUCUUCCCCGACCCGGACCGGUUCCGGCCCGAGCGCUGGCUCGACGAGACGGCCGAGAUGCGUCACUUGUACAUCCCCUUUGGCGCGGACGGUCCGCGCAAGUGCAUAGGCAUUCACCUUGCGUAUAUGGAGCUGCGUGUCAUUUUGGCCGCCCUGUUCCAUCGCUUCGAUCUCAAGUUCGCGGGCGAGGUUACCGACGAGAGCAUGGAUAUGCAUGAGCUGUGGCUGGCGGCGCCAGUGGCGCAGAAUUUGAGCGUCAUUGCGACGGAGAAGGCGUAG